AGCGGAGAUGAAUGUUGAAAAAGCAAAAGCCUAUCCUCCAUGUGAAGCUGCACCGCGGCGGCCAGCACACUGUAUGAUGCAAACAGUCAUAUUUUCCCGGCUUUCCCGUGCAGUCUGCAACUACAAACUUUUUUGCAAGCGAUGUUGCCUGGCGUCGUGGUUCGUCGAACUCGCAGUUUACUUUCUGCUGUUUGCGACGACCACAAGUCUAUCUCUAUUCUCGAGUGACGGCGCGAAAAGGGAAAUCUCGACAGCGUCCGCCCUGCGGAUACGCGGCGUUGCCGUGAAGGAAGAUGAGGCUGAACCGAGCCGACUCUGUCGAUCGAGCGCUCAGCCUGCUCGUCGUGCUUGCGUUCGCUUCGUCACAAAGCGACCAGCUCCGCCGCGAUGGCACCUCACGGCCAUGCGCACCAGUCCAGCCGCUAGUGGUAGUAGUACCUCGACGUCGAGGGCCGCGAGCGCAAGUGGUAAAAGCAAGCUCCUCUACGGCGACAGACUCCCGGUGGCCUACGAGGAGUCGGAGCGGAGGUACGGGCACGACAGCAGCGUCGGGCCUGCACUGCAUGCACCGGCGGUGAUUACAACAAGCAUGACCGGAGGCUGCACGAGCACGAGUGCUGGUGCUUUUGCGGAGGCUAGCGAUGAAAGGGACGACCAUCGCCCAGGAACAAGCACUCCUGCUGCGCCACUAGACGCCACUGCGGAUGGUGGUCCUGGUCCGAUCCCUAUCAAAUGUAGAAAUAUCUGGGUCUGGAAGAUUCCGAGAUUUGUCAUGCAGUUUUUCCAAGCUCCACUAAGUCUGGAAUGCAGGACCUAGCAUCACAGGAUCUGCAGCCCCUUUGUGAUGCCUGUUCUGCAUGAGAAAUGCCCCCUCAGCAUGGCCAGAAGUGAGCACCUUUUGCAAGUCACGCAACACAGAUUUUUGUAUGAUGCGCAACAUGCAUCACAAGUUGCAUUCUUCCAGACCCAGACACUUUUACAUUUGAUAAUUCCGGCAGAAGUUUUUCGCCGCUACUUGUGGACGGACAUGCUUUAUCCACGAAAAAACACCCAUCCCCAUCCAAUUUGUCAUGCGAAACAUGCAUAAAAUCCACUAUUUGUCAUGCAAAAAAUGGAUGGGGGUGGGUGUUUUUUCCUGGAUAUGCUUUUGGAAAAGGGAAAACUCUUGCCGGCUACGCGGUCCUCUGCUCAGCGGCCUAGGAAGGAACUUCCACCUGCAGGAAAGGACGAAAUGCAAGAGGACAGCACUGCCGCCGUAAAAAUCCCGCUGAAGUUUCACUACAAUGACGGGCGUGAGUCACAGGAGGGAGGGUUCUUAGCGUCGGUGUCUACUUUGAGGACCGAGCGGCAGGAGGAGCUGCAUGAGGGUGGAAAGGAACAUCACUGCGUGCCAGCUGGUCACACACAAGAACCAAGCUCGACCAGCGCAAGCACUACAGCUGUGAGGCCGCGUUCAAAGAAUCUCCACGACGCAAGAGCUGCAAGAACAACUGUGGUCGCUGCAACAGCAAAGCCUAUUAAGCCGAUCUACACGGAGACUGUGGUGAUGCAACAGAAACUGCCAAAACUCCCCGAACCGCUGGACCAAUUGGACGACGAGAAACCGUUUUCCUUUGCCAACCUACAGAAGCGGAAUUCCAGCACAUCGCUGCUCCCACCCAUAAUUCCGCCACGGUCCACAACUCUUGGCGCAGAUGACCUCACUGUCGGCAUCACGCAGUCGGAUUUUCAAGGUUCAGCACUUCCGAACUUUCGCAACGGCUGCAACUUCGAUGGAACUACUCUUCACAAGGUCUACGUUUACAACAAUCUCACGGCCAACCUGAACGACUGCGAAUUUGUCCCGUUUCAAAGCGUGUUUUUGGCCAAAGACUUCGACAGGUUGGCCGAUGAUGAAAAGUGCGAAGAGCUGUGUAAUCGUGGUAAAAAUGUUGAUGCGAAAGGCACUGGUGCUUUGAAUUUGAACCUCAAGCAGGAGGAUCCGAGAUUCGUGGGGGACGAGCGAGACAGCCAAACCGUAGGACCGAGAACCUCAUCGGGAGAAGAUCGACUGUCGAAAAGCCAGGGCUGUGCUGGGGCGUUGUUGCAAAGCGCAGGUAUUAAUAAAACGGACGUCGAAAUGAGUUCUCUCUUUUUCCCCGAACACGAGGCAACACCUUACUCUUUUUUCAAUGCAACGACGCUCUUCGCCGCUACAGCCGGCGAAGAUGAAGAACUACCGCCAGAUUUUUGCACCACUUGGACAGUGCCGACAUCUGUUCAAUCGCUUCCGGCGUCGCCAACAACAGGAGCUGCAGGUGCAACACGACACCGCGCAGCACACCACCUCCAGACGCUGUCCCCCUGGACCGCGGCCUCCUGUCUGGCUGGCGUUCUAUUGUUAUCCUCAGCGUCCCCGCCAAUCAUCCAUCGCAAUCUGGAGACAUCGCAUGUCAUUAGCCUUGCAGCUGGAGGUGGGAGCUCCUCGUCUUCGCCCACGAGAACUCCGCUGAAAACAAAUGCGAGACUAGGCAGUGCUGAUGCCAGUGCUGGAGCAACGGGAACCAGAGCCACCUGCUCGUCUUGUAGUGGUCCACCGGGGCACGACGGCUUAUUUUGCAGAAGAUCUACGAUGGUAAAGAAUCACGUUUUUUGUUGCUCCAAGGGGGAAAAAUCAUCCUCGACGUCGUCUCGUAGAUGCCGGAGCAGCCCAGGAUUGCUUGAAAGAAGAAAAGCGGAAACACGCGAGGAGGAAGGUGUUAGUUGUACACAAACUCAAACUCCCACCGCAGCUCUACUUCCGCUUGCUUCCGGCACAACAGCACCGUGCGACGACGAGGAAGACAUAGUGGUCGAUGAAAACAGUCCACCACCCGAGGACGGUGUUGAACAUCAAGAUGAGUCCUCCUCCUGGCCAGUGAGCGCCGCCAUCGGGGAUUUUUUCUCCGACUUCGCCACCUCCAUAGCGGAUACGCUGUUUGGGAACCACGAGCGACGGCUGGAGGAGGCGAAAAGGGAGGGAGAGUUCGUGAAAGGUGGACAUUUGGAUUCGUCUGAGAUCGCGCUCUUCCUCCACACUAUAGCGUCCUCUGCCGCGUAUCAGAAACGCAUUUCGAAAUUUUCCUCAAAAGUUGACGGCUGUUAUAGUAGUGGAAGAACAGUAGAAGCGUCGAACAAGUCGAAUAAAGCUAAGGCGGUCCAACAAGAAGACGCGGAUCGACGCUAUGACGAACAAUUACAGGAGGAGCUGUACGCGUUCACAGAGUACCUCGCGAAGAAGCCAAUCUUUGGGACAAGACAGGUAAAUCCUGAUGCGCGAAAGGACUCCUGGGCUCGUCGUGACACGGUAAAAGACAAGCGGACCAUGACGAACAAGCCCGGGGCUGCUGGUCGUACUUCUGCUGGGUUGUUUGUCGAAAAAAAUGCCGGGACGAAAAGUAGAUCAAGCAGCGACGACGAUGAGGACAAAAUCGCCGAUGAGGCGUCCAUCCUCUACCGUGCUAUGUACAAACUGGAGAGGCGGUUGUGGGUCACCAAUGUCGGGCGCGCGAUGAAGGAAAUUGCGAAAUAUAGGCGGAAUAGCAAAUGGAUUCUUGGCAGAGAUGAAGGGGUAGAUCUUCAUCUUCACGAGGAUCUUCAUGAAAGUCAGGGCACAUCUCCUCAUAUCAUCGAUCGGGAUCGCCCCAGCAACCCGACUGUGCUCGACGACUACGAAUUUGCGCUGCAGCAAAUCGGCACUAGGGAGUUCCGGGAAGGCAACGCGUUGACCCAGUACGUUUACAAACAGGAACCGGGGAGAUGGCAGGCGGGUAUGUAUCUUCGAAGCCGAUAUAUCCCGCUUUUCUAUUAAUUUCUUUGGCAAGACAGAGACAAACAGCAAAAUUGUGAUAAAGCAUGCCGUUGCCGUCAACUACAGAAUUUCGGAACACUUUUCUGUACUUGUUGUGAUUCGGAAUACUUUUCUUCUGUACUUACGAUUUAUAUGUGUCUCUACCAUACUACAAAUCAAAAUCAGGUUACCUGCGCUGCAAAUACGUUUCGCACUCGCUCCGACGGUCUUCGGGAACAAGCGGCGGAUCGUUGAGCGGUGCCCGCCGGGCGUGGAUGUUUUACUUCCCGGAAAGCAUCGCGGAGUUUCUAAAGGACGAGCUCGAGGGGAAAAUCACGUUCGCAUCGUCGAAGGAAGAAGUAGACUUUUCACAACAAGAACCGGAGCGGGUUGGAGUUGGAGUUGGAAAGCAAAGCCAGAGCAGCUCGGUUGGAGUUGCUCCACCUCCCGCGCCGGAACAACAACAAGGCAGAACUUUUUCCGCACACCAACAAGCAGCGUCUGUUCCUCGGAAUUACCUGAAAAAAGCCGUCGAGGAUGCCGAAGAUCGCAAUCAAGACGAGGAGGAAGAGGAGGAACUUCAACUGCGACAAACCUCCUCAACUUCCUGGGGCGACUAUGAAGGCCUCAAGAGAUUGGACACCCUCAAAGUGAAAAUAAUUUGUAAUGCAAAAAAACGACUCCAGUUGAAGCACCAUUUCUAGUCGGGGCAUGACAAAUUUUCCGGGCACUCAAAACGUGUCUGUCAUGCUAGUUAGGCAAACGGGUGCCCUUCUCUCGUGCUAAUCAGCAGCCCAAUUCUGUUGAACCCGUAGAAGCACAAUAGUCGGCCUCCAUUGCGUUCUCUGCAAUACAGUCUUUUUGGUGUCGCAUUUCAUGCAUCACAAAUUAUUUCCACUUUGAGAAUUUCCAUUCUGAGGCUUUCAUAGCGACGAGUCCACGGCGACUGGGGGAACCGGUGUGUCGUCCAGCAGUGCCAGCCCCGGGACAUCAACGGCGACGGACGAGUCAGCUGUGCAACUUAUUAUACCUGUCUCAGGCAGCACCCCCGCCGGAGGAACUCCACCCCACGAUAGAACUAGUAGAGGAGAUCCAGAUCUUCAUUCCGCAAUUUCUCGAGAACCACGAGUAGUACCUCCUGCUUCUGGGACGCCCCCGCGGCCACCGCGACACGUCAAAAUAAAUCACAUUCGAGUCAACACGAAUGCCCUUGUGGCGGACCACUCGCCGGAUCAUGCUGGGGAGGACGAACAUUUUUACCUCAAUCCGUUUGUUACCGCUCCCCCGUCGUCGCCUGCAGCUGGUUCUUCCGCCGCGCAAGGUAAGAUUUUCUACGGAAGUAGAUCCAGUGGAAGUAACAACCGGGGCGGGGCAGAAUCAGCGGAAGCCGAAGCUGACCACGCAUCUUCAAGUGAGGAAUUCUAUCUCCACGCCACGUCCGGAACAUCAACAGCUGGGGUAUCCUCUUCAGUGCACCCGCAGCUUCCCGUCUGUACUAGCUCCGCCGCGCAGGACGAGGACAGGAGGCGCAACCUGCUCCAGUUUUCCAGGGUCCCGAGCAUGCGAGAAAACGUGUUUUCCGUUGCGAAUCUUGAUGGCUACUUACGCGACGGUGUAGUGGGGUCACACGCCGCGGUGUAUUGCAACGAGCCGCUGCCCUGAGUACUUAAUAAAGGUGACUGAAGUACAAAUGAAUGACGACAAUAACAAAUAAACCGUUAUAUAUCUAUAAAUUUUUUAUUUUUUGCGAAAUUGGAAUAGGAAAACGAAAAUGUCAAUGUCUCUUUCUUAAUUUUUUUUGCUCCUCCGCAGUUAUCCUUAUGGUCAUGAGAAUACUUGGUCGUCCUCGUCUUGCACGUCUUCGGUUGACGAGGUUAUCAAAAAAGAGAAAUUCCAGUAGAUAAAACAAGCUUCGACAGCUGCUACACUUGAAAUUUGCAUCGAUGCAGUUGUAAUUGUUUGAGCGUACGGCUUGACUUCUGCGAUUCUGGUUGCAAAGAAAUUCAGAAAAGAAAAACGGCGUACCGUGAUAUGCCUUUUGGGAAACGUACCUCUUCAAUACAAGAACACUGACAAGAUCAAGUAGAAGC